AGUGGUGUUUUUAUUUUUAUGUCAUGUGAUGAUGACAGCCCAUUCCAGUCAUUCACAUUCAUUCGUUCAUUCAUUCAUAAUGUAAAUAAAUGUUUAUUUUAAUUUUCCAAUUUAAUUUUUUAAUUUUAAUCCCUAACAAAACAUGUUCAGUUGGUCCUGCCCCUGUUGUUUGCGUUUCAAAUUCAACCCCGAGGAACUCGAGCAACGUUACAACAGUCGCCGUAUCGAUAAGAUGAUCGAAAAAGACAAGAGGACGAUGAAAAGGCAAGUGAAGGUGUUGCUAUUAGGGGCGGGUGAGAGCGGAAAAUCCACUUUUCUCAAGCAAAUGCGAAUCAUCCACGGGGUACGAUUUGAAAAUCAAUUGAUUCGUGAGUACCAGCAGGUCAUUUACCAGAACAUGCUCAAAGGGGUCCAGGUCCUCGUCGAUGCUAGAGACAAACUUGGCAUUCCAUUAGAGAACCAGGAUAAUGAAGAAUUAGGCAGACAAUUGCUCCAAUUAAAGGUCAACAAUAGUUUAAUUUUGGAUCCGAGACAAUUUGGCCUACAUGCCGAUACGAUUGUGAAACUGUGGAAGGAUUCUGGGAUAAGGAGAGCAUUUGAUAGAAGGAGAGAGUUUCAAUUGAGUGACUCUAUCGAAUAUUUCCUGGAACAUCUAGACAGAAUCUCAGAUCCAAGUUAUUCUCCGUCGCAUCAAGACAUUCUACACUGCCGCAAAGCUACCAAAGGUAUAACAGAGUUCCAAAUUCCCAUUCAAAACAUCCCAUUUCUUUUUGUCGAUGUUGGGGGCCAAAGGUCCCAGCGCCAAAAAUGGUUUCAAUGCUUUGAUUCUGUAACAUCAAUUUUGUUUCUUGUCUCAUCCUCUGAAUUCGACCAGGUCCUAUUCGAAGAUAGGAAAACCAAUAGGUUAGAGGAGGCCAGAGAUAUAUUUGAUACUAUAGUUAACAAUGUAAUAUUCAGUGGAAUUUCAAUUAUUUUGUUUUUAAAUAAAUUUGAUUUGUUGAAGAAAAAAGUGAAAAAUCCAGAGACAGACAUAAGAUGGUAUUUUCCCCAAUUCAGGGGCAACAGUCACUCGCUUGAUGAUGUUCAAAAAUUUCUAUUAAAUUUUUUCGUUAGUGCCAAACGCGAUCGCAAGAAAGCUCUGUAUCAUCAUUUCACUACAGCUGUGGAUACAGAAAAUAUUAAAGUUGUAUUUUACUCAGUCAAAGACACAAUUUUACAUCGAAAUUUGGAGAAUUUAAUGUUACAAUGAAUAUGUGGCAAUGUUACCAUUGCACAGAAUGGCAGCUUAUUUUUUAGCUGAUUUUACAAUGUCGCAAAUGCAGUGUUGGCAUUAGUGCAAUAAUUUUCAACCCAGUUCUCCUGUAAUUUAAAUUAAAGAAAAUUGUUUUAUUUAAAUCUGCCCACACAGCAUUUGUUAGAAACAUUUUAAAAAUUGGCUGAAAUUAUAUACAGUUGGACUCGGCAAUGUUGCCAUAAUUUUCAUUUUGAAAGACUAGUAUUCAUCCAAGUGCUUUAGGCUGUGAUAAAUCGAGAUAAAUACACUUAUUUUUAAGCAGAAAGUCUGACAAUAAUUUUUUGUUUAUAUAAUGUUCAUCGCGUUUUUUUUUUUAUUUUAACUUUUAUUAUUUUACGUAAUAAUUCUUGUUUUCUCGUUGUAUAUUUAUUAUUGUAUUUAUAAAUGUAUGUGUAUAGAAAAAUAUUAUAAACAUUUGUAUGUCUUUAA